AUGUAUAUGAGAUACGAGUACUGCACUGAAUACACAGAUGAAAUAUUGAGAUUGACAACUGCGAAAUUUGUCUUCGUAAUCACCAUCUUUGUUUGCUGGUCUACAUUAUCAGUAGCAAACGAUGAUUACUUUAACAUAGAAUAUUACUCGAACAAAUUGAUUCAACCUCUGUGUAAUGAUAAUAUUUCUUUAAACAUCUCGAAUGCAGUGAUCUCUGAAAUCAAGCAGAACUUCAUUAGCAGUCCUAUAAUCACCUGCCUCAAUCUUAUGGACAAUAAUAUUGUGAACAUUGAAGAAAACGCCUUCAAUAAACUUCCAAAUUUAACUCGACUACAUCUUUCGAACAAUCAAUUUAGUACCACAGAGGACAUUCUUAAGUUCGGAAGUCGGAACAAAUUACAAGUGCUUGUUAUGAAUAAUGCAACGGCAACGUUAAACAAUAGCGAUUACUACAAUAACUGUAAUUCACAAUUAAACAUACAGAUUUUCGGCGAAUACUCUAAUUUAGAAAUGUUGUCUUUACGUAAAAAUUGCUUUCGCGAUUUAGAGUUUGCAUCAUUUGAGUAUCAUACUCCUUAUGACGUAUUGCGUCUAAAUAACAUGAUUACAUUCCCCAAGUUAAAGAUCCUGGAUCUUUCUGAAAACAACAUAAGAGGAACCAAUUUUGUAAAACUACUGCCGAAUAGCUUAUAUUUUCUUGAUCUUCACGACAAUAUGCUUGAAAAUUUGAACUUAGCCAAAAAAGGGAACGAAUUGUUCGCGCUGAAUUUGUAUGGAAAUAAUUUUGGCACUAUUAACAGUAACAAUACGUACAGAUUGGCUCUAUCAAUGGGUGGUCUGAAGAAUCUACACUAUCUUUCUGUUUCCGGAAACAAGAUUGAUACUAUUGAUUUAUAUGCUUUUCAAAACAAUGACCAUUUGGUCUUUUUAAAUUUGUCCUCAAAUGCCAUAAAUUAUUUACCUUCAAACAUAUUUGCAAAUUUGCAGUAUUUAGAAACAGUCGAUCUGAGUAGUAACCAUUUCGAGUAUGUCCCGUCACUUUCAAAUAAAACAGAAAUCAGCACUUUAUAUAUUAAUAACAACCAGAUAGAUAAAAUUUUCUCGAAUAAUUUCUUGCAUAUGCCGAAAUUGGUGAAAUUGUUAAUAGGAGAGAAUAGGAUUGAUGAAAUCGAUGUUAAUGCGUUUGCUAAACUUACUGUUCUAGAAAAAUUAGAUUUGUCGAGAAAUGAGUUAAGCUCUUUGCCAAAAGGAUGGGCGGAACCCCUUGUAUCUUUGAAAUAUUUGGAUCUAAGUGAAAAUAAAUUCACUUUACUGGAGUCUUUGUCAUUAACAAAUACAUUGCCAUCGAUAGAUGUACUAUAUAUGGCAAACAAUCAAUUAAAACUAAAUGUUAAAUAUUUUGAGAAUUUACCGCAGAAUCUCACUAUUGACUUCAUAAAUCGUUCAAAUUUUACAAUAUGGAUAUACUACAAUAUGAAUUAUGAUGAAGGAGAUGAUUAUUUGAUUAGUGUGUAA